GGGUUGAAGGGGAAGGGUUUCAAUCGGCGGCAAGACUGGUUCAGCUUUCGUUUCUCUCAUAAAAGGAGUCUACCUAAUAGCCUUGGACUCUUCGUUUCUCUCAUACUCCUCACCUCUCCCACAAAAUCCCAUUUUUUUCUCAGCUUUCUGGAUCCAAUCUUAAUUUGGCUUUUUAUGAUGUGGGCUUGAUGUAGAUUUUGAGCGUACCCAGAAAUGGAGUAGUUUGGAUCCCUAGAUGAGCAACACCUCUCAUGGGUCGGAAGAUGAGUCUUUGAUGGAGAUGGGAUCUGGAAGUUUUGGGUGCUCACAUUACAGAAGGAGAUGCAAGAUCAGAGCACCUUGUUGUGAUGAGAUAUUUGAUUGCAGGCAUUGCCAUAAUGAAUCCAAGUUUAAAAAAAUAAAGGAUGCUAUUGAAUCGCACAACACUGCUCGUUGCAGCAUUGGUCCAACUAAGGGUGUUGGAGAUCUUAACCUUGAAGCUUUAUCUGCUCCACAGAAGAUAUGAAAUGAGAAGAUUUUUAUUUUGAUUCAGGCUUCUGCCUAUAAUUUGCAUCCCCCCAUGUUUGUGGCCAUCAAAAGUGAUGUCUGAUAUAUUAUUUUGUAAGUUUUCAUUUUUCUUUGUGAACAAAGUAGUAACUAGACGAGGUUACACUACUGCUGCAUUCUUUGUUGUCGUCGUUCUACCUGUGAUGUAGAAUUCUUCUACUUUCAGAAUUCCCAUGAAAAUGAAAUUCCACC